AAGCAGCAUCGAGGAACAGAGCAGGAUUUUGGACUGAAUUUUAGAUAUUUAUGAAAUAACUACUGACUUAAACCUGACUUGGAAACUCGGAAGGUGGGCAGACAUGGAGCAGUAUCCAUGUGAUGAAAACCCCCUCCAAUCUGAGAUGCAGCUUCCUGAGUUUUCGGGAAAUCCAGUGUUGGACUGCAAUGACACUUUCAGCCAUGACUUAUGCCCAGAUAUGAGAGACAUGAUUUAUUCAGGCCUCAACAAUGUGGAUGUGGACCCUAGCCUUUCGGCUACAAGUGUCAAUAAUGACUCUCUGGAGGACAACCUGGACACGUUGUCUUUAUAUACCGUGAAGGACUGUGAUUCUUCAAAACUCCUUGAUGACUGUGACACAGACUCACGGCCGCUCUUGCCUGAAUUAGGCCUUCCCGCUCCUUCCGCACCAAAAGAAGUGGAGCAAGGAGGACGAUCCAGUUCUGGCAGUGGAAAGAAAGGGAAGAUCCACCAAAACUCCCCACAAGCAUCUUUCCUGGAUUGCAGCGUCUGUGGGAAGGCUUUCAGUAGCACCAGCUCACUCAGCAAGCAUUAUCUGACUCACAGCCAGGAGCGGAAGCACGUCUGUAAGAUCUGCAGCAAAGCAUUUAAGCGGCAGGACCACCUGAGUGGUCACAUGCUGACGCACCAAAAAACAAAGCCAUUUGUUUGCACAGAACAAGGUUGCAAUAAGAGUUACUCCGACCACCGGUCUCUUCGUCGGCAUUAUGAAAUGCACCAUGGUUUGAAGUUGUUAAAGGAUGAUGAGAUUAUCGAAGGCUCCCCUUCUCCACGUGAACCACGUGCCCAGGUGGGGCCCAGCGGCAUGAGGAGUGCAGAGAAGCAGGCUGUUGUCCACCCCGAACCUCAAGCCCCGAAUGAGUUCCUCUUGGCCAACAGAGACCUCCUCAAGUGUAUUGUCAGUAACUUUGUGGGCCAGAAGUUUCCACCUGCAGCUUCACCCUCGGUGGGACAGAACGAACAAAAUCCCAGAAGUUCCUUGCAACCUUGCACCUCUCUUUGUGGCCAGAUUUCUUGUGUCCCCACAAGUUCUGAAACUGUUGGAGAUAAAGACAUGAAGGAGCUUUAUUCUUCUCAAAAGAAUACAGCUUCUUCCAGUGUAUAUACCAUCAUAAAUCCUGCAAGUUUAUCCGUACUUGGACCAACCGAGAACAUAACAAAUGUACAAGAUGGGCAACCACCUCCAGAACCUCACUUACCUUUAGAAACCACUCCUGCGGAGUAUUGGUCAAACAGUGGCAUCCCUGGUUUCUCGUUACUCCGAGGCCAAAAGAUCCCUGCUACUCCUCUCCAGCCAAGUGGCAGCUUCCAGUUGGUUAGAAGUGUGCCGCCAGCCUCCACCAAAAGCAAAGGGAGUGGUGUCUAUGUCACCCAGGUGUCACCCACUUCAAGUCAAGAUGUUUUACAAGGAGUUGGGGGUCCUUCCCCUGCUUUGGAUUCUUCGUCUCAUAACGUUGAUCAUCCUGGUGUUUUGUCGUUCACGCCCCUCUUAAAUACGCAAGAGGAAGUACCCAGAGAGCCCAAAUUCAGUGGCUUUGAAGAGACUUUCACGCCGGUAACAAGGCUUCCUGAUGCUCUGCAGCGCAACGUCCUGCAGAAGAGCGAAACAGGCCCAGUCUUUAGGCAGCUAUUUGUCAAAUCCCAAGGAUCUUCUGCGAACCAGGACCAGAUACAAGUCCAGAGCCACCUCUUCCAGAGGUUCACCAAAUCUCAGCACAUUGUGUCUCACGCCCAGAUUUCCGCUUCCUCGCAACUAAUAGCUGGGGAGCCGGAGCCGGUUGCGGCGAAACCGCUGCAAGGCAUGUUUCAGCAGCAGGCUGGGAUGCUUAACCCGAUUCCAGAACCGACAAAAAGAGAGAUGUCUCCUUUAUGUGUGAAGAAGGCCCCAGGGCCAUUUCAGAAGGACCUCUCCUCUGAAAAUGGAAAAGAAGGGCCUCGGUCUGCAACUCUUCUGCAGCCCUGUCAGUCAUUCCCUGUACCUUCUCUGAGUUCAGACGGUAUUCCUCAUGUAACGCAAGCCAGAACCUUGAAAACAGGAUGCUUGGGAUUCAAAGAUUUCUCCAGCUCCAGCCAAUCGGUGAUGUAUGAAACCGCCCCAGGAAACCACACUUAUGGGAAGCUGAGCCACCUAGAGAAUAGCUCUCCCGGAGCAAAGAAGAAAGAGAAGAGCAAGGCUGGCUCCAAACAAUCAGGUGGCAAAGGGCCUUCUCGAGGGGGCCGACCCCGUCGGAAAGAGAAGCCAAAGCUUGAUCUGUCUUCCAUCGUGUCUCCUAGUGAAGUGGCCAUGGCGUCUUUUUCCAUGCCCAGCACCUCAUUCGAUGGUUUGGCCAGAGAGAAGUCAAAGCUGCCCAUUUUCAACAGAAUUCAGGGUGGAAAUAUCUACAGUUUUACUAAUUCAGUCAGGGAAGAACACAUUUCCCCUGGAUGUAGUAAGACUGCAGACAGGAGUGAGCACGGAAACAGCUUUGUUUGCAAGACCUGCAACCAGCUUUUUUAUACAGAGAGAGGCCUGAGCAGUCAUAUGUGUUUCUAUAGUGACCAAUGGCAGUCUCCAUCAGGGAAGCGAAAACAGCAGGCAUCAGAGGCAGAAAACGUUCAAGCUCAAAAACUGUCCUUGGAGGCAGCAAGAGAUGGAGACACUCCUCCAGAAAUCAAGAGACCUUCAGAAGAUGUAGGAAUCACACCUUUUGUCCUUCCUGUCUCCGUUCCUGUCACAACAGCCAAUCAGCAGCAAGAGGGCAAAGUUGGCGAGAAGGAAAGCCAGGAUGAGAGGGAUCUCCAGGAAGGCAUGCCUCCAAAGAAGAAGAAGAGACGGACCUGUCCAAAGUCACUUUUCAUCCCCCCACCACCGCCACCGCCACCACCACCACCACCACCUCCUCCAGUCUGCAGUGACAAUCAGCCUGGCCCUAGUGGAUUCUACCAGAGUAAUCUUCGCUCCCCUGUCUUCCUCAUGGAUUACUUUCUGCAGGGCUUAAUCCAGUGCUCACCGUAUACACCUCCACCAAUGCUCAGCCCAAUCCGAGAGGGUUCAGGGUUGUAUUUCAACACUCUUUGGUCCGCCUCAGCAAACACUGCCCCACCCAAGUUGUACUGUCCAGCUUUUGAUGGAAGAGAUGGCAUUUUGUUUGCCUAUGUGAACGACCCCACCAAAAUCGCCGUAAAACCCCACAUUAAUAUUGGAAGUCGGUUUCAGGCAGAAAUUCCCGAGCUCCGGGAUAGGUCAUCAAUGGAAAACUAUGAGCACCCUGCUUCACUGAUGUGGAAACCAUGGGGUGAUAUCACAACCAACAUGGAGACACAGAACAAAGUGGCAGACCUAUUGAAAUUGGCCUGCUCCAGCGCAAUGCCAGGAGGUGGGACCAACACAGAGCUAGCUAUCCAUUGUCUGCAUGAAACCCAAGGAAACAUUUUGGAAGCACUGAAGAUGCUGUUACUCAAAGGACCACAGAAGCCACCUUCUCACCCUCUUGCCAACUAUCAUUACUCAGGUUCACAAUUGUGGACGACAGCGGAGAAGCAGUUGUUUAAGAAGGCUUUUGCCACACACAGAAAGGAUUUUAAUCUCAUACAGAAGAAGAUACAAACUAAGACCGUUUCCCAAUGUGUUGAAUACUACUAUAACUGGAAAAAAGUGUUAAAAUUUAACUCUGGCCGAGCAUACAUGGCGGAAAAGAGGAAGAGAGAGCAGGAUGAGGUAGAAAAGGAUGAAGAAAAGAUUAUGUGCAGCCCAAAGAAAAGGCACUGCCCGCUGCCUAAGCAGGAGAAUAAAGUAAAGGCAAGGAGUUACAAAAAGCCAGCGCAGAGCACCGUCAGCCCAACCUGCAGCCAGAAGGAAACUCUAGAUAGGUCCAGAAGCGCAGGCAGUCAGGGUGUGUUCCCAUGCAAAGAGUGCGCAAGAGUGUUUGACAAGAUAAAGAGCCGGAACGCUCACAUGAAGCGCCAUCGCCUCCAGGAACAGAUGGAGCCCACGAUAAAGAUUAAGUGGCCCAUAAAGCAUCCGAAAAACGAGCCAAAGAAGGAAGAGAGAAAUUUGGGUGCUGACUUCAUACAAUGGUAACUGGGAAAGCACCAUUCCAGGGGUUCUGGUAUGUAUGUAUAUAUAUAUAUAGGAAGGAAUAGAUCAAUCACUGAGAAAUCACCUUUGUAUUUAGUAUCUUUUUUUGGGACUGAUGUUUGCACAGCUGCUUUUUUUAAUUCACUACAUAGUAUUUUGGUUAUUGUUGUUUUGUAUGCACUCACAGUGUUGUUUAUUAAAUUGAGUUCCUCACUGAAAGUUGUUAAUCUAGAAUAUGUCUUUACUGUAAGUCACAUCAAAAAUAAAUAACAUUUUCAACCUUU